AUGGACAAUACAUUCAUACAACGCAAACCUACUGCCAUAAUAGUUGGUAGCAUGGUUAUUCCAAAAUAUUCUGAUCCUAAGAAAAUUUACACCCCAAAAGACAUUCAAUUUGACAUAUUGUCUGAACUCGACGUGAAUCUAACCUACAUGCAAGCCUGGAGAGCAAUGAAAAAGGCUUUACAGCUUUUGAGAGAUCAACCUGCUGACUCCUACAGUAAAUUGCCUAGUUAUUUAAUUUAUUUGUAUAUUCUAGAGAAAACUUAUCUGGGGUUUGUAGUUAAAUUGAAGAAGACAGACGAUGACUGUUUCUUGUAUGUAUUUGUUGUGAUUUGUACGUCAAUCAGUGGUUGGAAAUAUUGUAGGCCAAUUGUAGUAGUUGAUGGGAUAUUUUUAAAGUCAGCGUAUAGGGGAAUAAUGCUAAUAGCCAGUACAAUAGAUGCAGCAGGUACCAUAUUACCAUUGACAUAUGCUGUUGUUGAUUCAGAGAAUGACGCAUCAUGGAAGUGGUUUUUUGAGCAAUUCAAGCUCGCGUAUGGUGAAAGAGCAAACAUGUGUGUUGUUUCGGAUCGGAAUAAGAGUAUCUUGAAGGCAACAUCUAUUGUUUAUCCCGGCAUGCCACAUCAUUCAUACAUGUGGCAUAUCUGGACAAAUAUAUGGGCAAAGUUCAAGAAGGGACAUCUUAAGCUAAGUGAAUUAUACUUUGCCACGGUGCGGUCAUACACACUUGAUGAAUUUAAUGAAAGGAUGUCAAAGAUUGAGGAGAUUGUCCCCCGUGUUAAAGCAUACUUAUACGAUAUUGGAUAUUAUAGAUGGUCUCGAGUACAUGCAACGGUAAGGGCUUCAACAGACUACAUCCAUACAGUAAUAGAUGGUAUGAGGUGCUAUAUUAUUUGUCUUGAAAUAAGAAAUGUAGUUGAGCAAUUCCAGCUUGAUGAACUACCUUGUUCGCAUGCUUUGGCUGCUUUAAGACAAAUGGAUUAG